AUGGCACGAUUCUCUCUUGCAGCACUUCUAUUCGCGACCUUGGGAGCUUCCGCACCAACAGGGUCUUCCUCGACAGCAACUCCAACCACAAACUCUUUGCUUGGAUAUAACCCUGCCAAUGGAGUUGUCAAUGUUGAUACGGACAAUAUCCAAUACUCGCUGGCACCAGGUCAAACUGACGCUGCGACAAUCGGGGCGCCACUAGAUUUCUCAAACAUUGAGAAUCCACAACCAAUUCGAGGUUCCAAAGGUGGUCUUGAGCCUGGACCGCAAACUCCUGAAUAUGCUAGACUCAAUCCCGAUCGUUUGGCACCGCCAGGAACUGAUCAUGGCGCUGUGAAAAAUGCCCAGUGGCCAUUAGGACUCAGUCAUGCGAAACUCGGUCUUGGUAGAGCGGGGUGGUCUCGUCAACAGAAUGUCGACAAUAUCCCAGAAGCUACCGAAAUGGCAGGAGUUGACAUGCGGUUGGAAGAAGGCGGGUAUCGUGAACUGCACUGGCAUAAAGCUGCUGAGUGGUCGUAUGUUCUGAAUGGCAGUGUCAGAGUCCAAGCCAUGAAUGACAAUGGAGAGACAUUUGUCGACGAUCUGAGCGCCGGAGAUAUAUGGUACUUCCCUCCUGGUAUUCCUCAUUCAUUACAGGGGCUUGAAGGCGGUGUUGAGUUUUUGCUGGUGUUUGAUGAUGGAAGUUUCUCAGAAGACAACACUUUCUUAGCUUCCGAGACUUUUGCGAGGAACCCGAAAGAGAUAUUGUCCAAAAAUUUCAACCUGCCAAAAUCGGCUUGGGAUAACAUUCCACCUGGAGAGCUAUUCAUCUUCCCAGGAACGAAGGCACCUAAAGACAUCGCUCAACAGAAUAUCGUCGGACCAGGAGGCAUUGUACCAAUCGAAAAAUCCUACACGUAUCACGCAUCUAAACAGGAACCCAAUUUUUCUCUAGAUGGAGGAAGCGUGAAGAUUGUUGACCCCACCAACUUCCCAAUUGCUGCUAAAUUCUCCACUGCGAUUGUGACAGUCAAGCCCGGAGCGCUGCGCGAGAUUCAUUGGCACACGACCAGCGACGAAUGGAACUUCUUCAUUUCUGGGUCCGCGAGAAUUGGUAUCUAUGCCGCCGCCAAUGCAGCGCAAACUUUCGAUUUUAACGCUGGUGAUUGUGGAUAUAUCCCAAAAGCGAUGACACAUUAUGUUGAGAAUACCGGUAAAGAUGAUGUUGUGUUCAUCGAGGUACUCCAAGCAGACCAUUUCUCGGACAUUUCCGUAGGCCAGUGGCUUGGACUGACUCCACCUCAAAUUGUCAUGGAUACAUUGAAUCUGACAAACUCGACGGUUUCAGCCUUUAAGCAUGAGAAGCAGUAUAUCGUGACAAAUAACGCCGCUGAGACUUAG